AUGACGAUUGAAUUGUCAGUCAAUAUUGAAGAUACAGCUCGUGAACUUAUAAAAUUAUUAGAAAAAGCAUCGAAGUUUCAAGAACAAUGGCAACAAUCAUCUAUUUUAAAACAAAUGAUUAUAAUAUAUUAUCGUUUUAUGCGAUUAAAAGCAUCUCAUCCAACAAAUCUUCUAUUAGUUCCUACAUUAGAUAUUGAAAUAGCUUGGCAAACUCAUUUACUUCGACCUGAAAUUUAUCAAGCUGAUUGUAUUCGUUUAUUUCGUUGA